CCUCCCUCUCUUUUUUUUCUUUGUACUUUACAAUCAAAACAAAUCUUGUUUAUAGAGAGAAAGAAUUCAAAUCGAUUCAUUUCCUUGUCAGUGAUCUAAAAUAUGUUCUCUGUUCCGACAGAGCAAUCCCAACACUGUUCACUGUCAAAUUUAUAUAAUUUAGACAUAAAAAGUCAAGAGUGCCAAAGUAAAAUGUAUGGGCAGUUACCUGUAAAUCAGUCUUAUCCAAUAAGCUCAAUACAAAAACAUUAUCAGCAACAAUCCAAUGCAAUGCGCACAGUGUAUAUAGGACAUAUAAACAGUACAACAAGUAUAUCUGAAGUUAUUGAUCUUGUGAGAACAGGCCCAAUCCAAGCAAUUAGACCUUUACCUGAAAAGAACGGCAUGUUUAUCACUUUUGUCGACGCUUCAGAUGCUUCUCAGUUUUACAAUGAAGCAAUAACCAGUCAUCACAUUCUGCAUGGAAGCGAAUUAAAGAUUGGUUGGGGAAAGCCCAAUACGAUGACACUUGCUAUUCAGAAUGCCUUGCGAAAUGGCGCUUCUCGCAAUGUCUAUUUGGGUAUGUUGGAUGAGUCAACAACAGAAGAAAGUCUACGAGAUAAUUUAUCACGGUUUGGUUACAUUGAGCACAUUCGAAUGAUUCCCGAAAAGCGUAUUGCAUUUGUUCAUUUUCUAUGUAUAACAAAUGCGAUCAAGUGUGUCAAUACAUUACCUACAGAAAGUACAUGGCAUCUUAAGCGGGUCAACUUUGGUAAAGACAGAUGUACUCGAUACCAAUUUCAACAAAAGAUAUUAUAUCAACCUCAUUCUUCUAUCUAUUCUCCUCUUGAGCUAUUCUCAGGUCUUCCUAUGGUCUUUCAGCAACAGAAUCGCAGAGAUUUAAUAACAGGUUUAGCCAACAGAACAGUUUAUUUAGGCAAUAUACAUCCAGAUACUACAGCAGAAGACAUUUGCAAUGUGAUUCGUGGUGGAAUUUUAUCGCAAAUUCGUUUUUUGCCUGAAAAACACAUUGCUUUUAUUACCUUUGUUGAUCCAAAUCUUGCUUCUUUAUUCAUAACCCAAACUUUACAACAAUGUUUAAUUGUCAAAGGCCGCCGCUUAAAGAUAGGAUGGGGGAAACCUUCUGCAUUACCAAUACAAGUCAUUCAGGCUGUUCAAAAUGGUGGAUCUCGUAACGUAUAUAUAGGCAACAUUGAUGACUCUAUCACUGAAGAAAGAUUGAAGCACGAUUUCUCAGAAUAUGGUGAUAUUGAACUAGUUAACACUCUGAAAGAAAAGAAGUGUGCUUUUGUCAAUUUCACAAGCAUUGCUUCUGCUGCUCGGGCUAUUGAAGGAAUCAAAUCAAAAGAAGAAUACAAAAAGUUUCAUAUUAAUUAUGGAAAAGAUCGAUGUGGAAACCCACCAAAAACACAACAAAGAACAAGGCAAGGUGAAGAUGAAGAUGUACAAGUGUAAAGAAAGAAAAUUAAAUUAUCGAAAUCCCUUAUAUAUAUAUAACAAUGCUAUCACUUUAUAAUACAAAGAAUUAAUAA